AUGGCAUUUGGUCCCAGUACCAUAUGGAUUGUCACAAUUGGUCGCAAUUGUGUGGGUGUUGCAAUUUUCAACUAUGAGGUUAUGUCAGUUUUGGCUGUUAGCUGGCUUAAACUUAUUUUCCUUUAUAAACAGAUUCAGAUAGGCUGCGAAACGGGAAAAGAAUAUACGAAAAAACAACUGAAAAAUAAAUGGGAUUCCCUUAAAGAACAUUGGAAAUUAUGGAAAGAAUUGAAGGGGAAAGAGACCGGUCUUGGGUGGGAUCACAAGAAACGGACUAUUGAUGCAUCCGAGGAGUGGUGGCGUGGCAAAAUUGAGAAAAACAAGGAAUAUGCAAAGUUGAAGAAAAAGGGGAUUACACCCGAGUUUGAAGUCAAGUUGGAUAAGAUGUUCAUGGGUAUUGCAGCCACCGGAAAGCAUGCAUAUGCACCAUCUUCUACACUACCCAUUCCUAAAAGUCCAGAGCAAGGUGGCAACCUUGAAGGUAGUGGUGACUCUGAGGACAAUGAUCAACCUAAAACCACUCUACCUAAAAGAAAAAGAAAUGAGAGAGCUGAGAAAGGUAAAGGAGAAAGACCAAAAAAGGAAAAGGUGGGAGGUGCUGCUCAUUUGGCUAAACAAAUUGACCAAAUGUGUGAGUCAAUUGAGAGUACAAGUACAGCAACUUCAAUGAUCAAUACAGGUGUGCAGGAAGGUGGAGGGACUAGUAUUAAGGAAGUGAUGAAGGAUGUCUCUUCAUUGCCUGGAGCUGAGCAGGGUAGUAGGUUGUGGUUUUUUACCACCCGAUUGUUUUUAAGUUCAGAGAAGAGAGAGAUGUAUUGCACCAUGGACGAUCCUAACUUGAAGGUGGAGUGGCUGAAAUUUGAGAUGAAUGAAAAAUAGAAUUAGGUUAUGUUUGAGAUUUUAAGUUUGUGUUUCUUUCAGCAUGUUUUUAUUACGAGAUUUGAAGUUGAUCUUAUCUUUUUCAGCAUGUGUGAGGCAAUUCCCUAAACCCUAUUUUAUUAUAUAAACCUUAUUAUACUGCUAAUGGAUUAUUAAAUGUACUAAUGUCUUAUAUAUACUUUACAAAUCAUGAUCAUUACUUUUUAUUA